AUGGAGGCAGAUGGCAGCCAAGCCACCCCUGGAAGCCCCAACGACUCGCAGCACGACCCCGGUAAAAUGUUCAUCGGGGGCCUGAGCUGGCAGACCUCACCAGAUAGCCUUAGAGACUAUUUUAGCAAAUUUGGAGAAAUUAGAGAAUGUAUGGUCAUGAGAGAUCCCACCACAAAGCGCUCCAGAGGCUUCGGUUUCGUUACGUUUGCCGAUCCAGCAAGUGUAGAUAAAGUAUUAGCUCAGCCCCAUCAUGAGUUAGAUUCCAAGACGAUUGACCCCAAAGUUGCAUUCCCCCGUCGGGCGCAGCCCAAGAUGGUCACGAGGACGAAGAAAAUCUUUGUCGGUGGAUUAUCCGCAAACACGGUAGUGGAAGAUGUCAAGCAAUACUUCGAGCAGUUUGGCAAGGUAGAGGAUGCUAUGCUGAUGUUCGACAAGACUACUAACCGGCACAGAGGGUUCGGCUUUGUCACUUUUGAGAACGAAGACGUGGUGGAGAAAGUCUGUGAAAUUCAUUUCCAUGAAAUCAAUAAUAAAAUGGUAGAAUGUAAGAAAGCGCAACCUAAAGAAGUGAUGUUCCCGCCCGGGACGAGAGGACGGGCCCGGGGCUUACCUUACACCAUGGAUGCUUUCAUGCUAGGGAUGGGAAUGCUAGGUUACCCAAACUUUGUGGCGACCUACGGCCGAGGCUACCCCGGAUUUGCUCCAAGUUACAGCUACCAGUUCCCAGGUGCGUACCUGCCUUUCCGCAGUUGUGUUGGAAAUCCCGGCACCAACACUCCCAGCCAGGGGCUGUGUGAGGGUGGACCAGACUACUUGCCGAUUUCACAAGACAUAAUUUUUAUCAACUAGCUCUUAAAGAGGCAUAACAAAUUGGGGUUUACUACAAGUGCUAAUGAGAGAGACAGACAGACAGAAAAAGCCUGGGUGACCAUGGUUCUUGUUGUCCACUGAAACCAUUACUUCUUCGGGCUGGCUGGUUGGAAUGAAUUUUUGUUUUCUUUUCUCUCUCUCUCUCUCUCAUGUCUCUUUUUUAAUUUUCCAUUUCCAUAACCUUAUCCCUUCACUCUGUGUCUCCUUUUUUUUUUAAUCCACCUCACUUCCCUUCGCUUCCUGAGAGCAUCUUUAAUGCCCACGUGGAAUGUAGUGGACCAUAGGGCCCAUAGGUAGCUUCUCACAAACUUUUUGGGACACUACAGUAACUGGGGAGGGCAAAUCAAAUUGAUUUUAUAAAUAGCCCGGCUGAUGGGGCUGGCAGUUGUGCCUUGGGGCACAAGGGAAAGCUGAAGCCGUGGAGAAUUGCUGUGGAGGAGAGCUGCUCUCUUAGUGGGCGGGAGCGGAGACUGAAUAUGAUGGAAGAGGUACGAUCCCCUUCCAUAGAAAUUAAUCUGGGGAGCGGGCGGCUGCAUAAGGAGCCAACCGUCUUCCACCAUUGGGUCUGAUCCUUCGGUGGGUGAUGCUCUGAUAACCACGAGGGCUACCGUGGAGAUGGGCACCAGAAAGAGGCAGGGGCUUAGGAGUUGUGAGGUGGCAGGGAUGUUUCAGUUCUAUCUUCCUGCUUUCCCCAGGUCUGACUGGGGCAUGAUUCUUCCCUUUAGACAAGGAGAUGAUGCCCAGGGCCUUCCCAGAAACACACCCCACCUUUCAGGCCACCCCUAGGGACCCCCUCAGAGCAGGCUCCCUCUCCAACCGAACUUUCACCUCGCUUACAAGUUUGUGAGAAGCGGACCACUCACGCACGGCCAGACUGUAGCGCACUCAAUGUUAGUUAACCCACGUGAUUCGCUGCCAGCGUCUGACUACGCAUGCAAAGUCCUGCUUUUCAUUUCCUCUAAGGCACCCGGUUGAUUCCUUGGACUGUCCCGUAGUCACUGGGCUUGGUUCUUUUCUCUCCUUUUUCUUUUUCUUUUUUUUUUUCCCUAUCUGUAUGGCUCUUAACUUUUCUUACUCCAUUUGUUUUUGCUACGAAUUGCUUUGCUUUGGUGAACUUGUCUUAGUAUGCAUGAUUUGCAACCAUUUUUAGCCAAUGUGAAUUUUCUCAUUUUUGUAAAUAGUUCAUCUGUGCUUCUCUUUAAUGACUUUUUUUUUUUCCUGUAAGCAACUGAGGUAGAAAAAUAAAUUGUUUUCCACGG